AUGUUAUCAUUUCAGAAACCAACGAACCAACUCACCGACCAAGCAAUGACCGACAACCCGGCGGAUCCUCCGCUCAACGAUCAACCACCGCCGACCGACCCCGCAGCAGCAGCCGAGGAUCUUCUCCUCAGCAACAACGACAUCGAGAUGAUAGACGUCUCGCCUGAACAGGAAGCAGAAAUCCUAGGAGUCGACGUCACCGAAACCAGCACCGAGGAGACACAGGAAUCCACGGAAAAGCCAUCUUCGGUGAGCUCGGUACACGGGGAAGAAAACGGUUUUCAAAAGGAUCGCAGCUCCGAAAAGAACUCCGUCGUAACACAUCCAAUUCAAACCUAUGUUACCUCAGAUUCUGCUGAUCCAAGCGAUCAUCCGUUCGCACCUCACUACACCUUCGUUAAAAACACCCCGCCGAGCAUGAACGAGCACGUCCGCUGGAUCGCCACGCAAAUUGACUUAGCUCACGUCACCUUCUUCCGCGCCAAAACCGAAGCCGCCUCUCACAUUUUCACAGAAGGCGGAGGAGGCCGCAGUGGAGCCCCGAAAACCGCGCUCACCGGAAUCACUUCCAAACCAUCUGACUGGGGAGUGAUCUACAUAAUUGUAGAGAGCGACGGAAGAGGCUGGUACGCGAAGCCCCAUCUCCUCGUGGCAAACGACAGACCUGACCUUCACAUGGUCUAUUUCGACGUAUUCGCAGACGACCUUUCGAACCCGGGCGUAGCACCACACGCCAACAACUACUUCCCAGGCGACGCGUUGUACGUUACCAAGUUGGUAACUCGGCCGAAGACAACCGCCGACGAUAAACCUGUGUCUUUUGCUGACAUCCACCGUACGAAAAAUCACCAUUUUUGGAAGAUUAAGACUUGUUAUCUGUUACACAGAACCUUUCAGGAAGACGUCGUAGCCGUCAAGGUAAACUCAAGCAAAUCUCGUUCGGGAAAAGUCCUCUGCGUCGCCGCCGGUUUUAAUACUCUUGUAACCGCAAAAGUGGACAUGUUCAAGGCGCUUGACAAAACAGCGUCAACAGGAACUAUUGUUUCAGCCAAAAUUUUCUGCCCGAAGCUUAAGACGGGAGAGUUCGUGUGGAAUCUAUCCGACGAGUCACGCCCAUACGCAGCCGAUCAAACGCGCGACCACGCUUCUUCCAUCCCAACUCUCCCUAGUGUCAUCACUCUCGCCGCAGCUUCCACGGAAACACAGGAAACAAUGUGUCACACCGUCCAGCCGUUCAAAAAGUUUCCGAGUGACAUCAGAAAAUGCUACAAAGCACUCUUCGACUCCGCCUACCUUGGUCUCUCUGGGACCCUAGCGCUCGCGAACAAAAACAAAGACUUCCAGGUCCACACUGUUCUCAUCGACAGAGUCCUGACGGUGCGCAACAAACCAACGAUUUCGUUCGUGCUAACGAAUCUCAGCGGCCCCGCCCAGAUCUCCCAAUGGGCGCGCUCAUCGGUCUUCCUCAUGAAGGCCGACGGAAGAAAUCUGCAGAUGGAAGUCGACGACGCCUCGUUUGUGGACAACGACCUCGUGAUAAGAGCAAAGCUGAUCACUUCAGAAUCGGAAGCCGUGGGCACCGCUUAUAAGAUGAACCGAGUUCGCACCAUCGUCUGGCAAGAGAUGGAGAACAACGAGUACCAUCUCAAGCUUUUCCCGUCCGCCGCAGUCUACCAGACAAUGGAUCCAAAAGCUCCAGUCAAGCUGUUGUUGGAAGCAUGCCUCGGAGGCCGACCAAUUCCCUGGGAAUCGAUUCCAGAUCACCGUUUCAACAUCGAAAUGGGUAGCGUCGUAUUGACUUCGGAGCAGUCAAGAUACGUCUGCGCGUUGGCUAAAACCAACAUCCCAGUUAUCGUUGCCAAUUCAUCAUUCGGAGUAGGCAAAACCACCAUGAUCGCGGCCGCUCUUCACAUCACCAUCCGCGAGUCCGCAGGAAACAAGAUGCACCUCGCCAUGGCAACCACCAACGCCGCGACCGCCGCCAUCGUACUUUCCUACUCAAAGAUCUCCAAUGCCGCCACCAUCAUCCGCAUGAUCUCCGCCGCAAACUACGACCACAUCGAUCCGCAACACAGAACGUCCUUUGACUUCCCAGUCGUUUGGCCGCGUGAGUUUGACAAACUUCUUCAGCGCACGGACAGCGAUGACCAAGCACCCAUCACCGAGAUAGUCCUCGACGCAUACGCCCACCUUCGCAGAGUGCAGACCAUCAGCCUCAAGCUCGUUCGUCGAAAGGAUCUCCAAAAUGCCCUCAAAGCCGUCCGGAAACCAAUCCGCACCAUCUUCGAGAUUCUCGUGCAGCUCAUCAAUCCACGAGGAAUCAUUGGAACAAUCUCCUCGGUGACUGACGCACUUCGGGAGAACGGAGCCAUGUCUCAAUACGGAUCACGCGUCGCAACCGUGCAGAUGGACGAAGCAUCACAGAUCGCCAUCCACUCAGUCAUUGCCCUGGGUCCACUCUGCCCAAAAGCUCGAUACGCCUUAAUCGGAGACAUCAAACAACUCAAGCCGUAUGCCGACAUCGAUCUGCACGAAGUCCUCAAAGUCCCCGCAGUCGGAAACCUGUUGGGAGGAACAUCGAAGGCUUCAUGCCAACUGAACAUCUCAGAAGUCCGUAGAUGCCCGUUCGAAGUCACAGCCACGAGUUCGGCCAUGUUCUACCAGAACCGGCUCACGUCGAUCAGGACUCCAGGAGAGAGAAGCCGUUUCCUUGAUCUUCUUGCCUUCAACAAUGGUUAUCCGCUCCAGAUCAUCGACACCACCAGGUUCGCCGCCCAACAAACUUCUGGAACCUCGCUCUUCAACCCAACGGAAGCAAGCAUCGCCCUGGCAAUCACGUCACGAGUGCUAGCAAGAGAACUCGACGACACCCCAGCUUUUGUCGGAACCAUCGACGCGUCACAAGGACAAGAGUUCGACCUCGUGAUCGUCCUCACCUCACGCUCCAAGUCCUUCCACUCGUCCGACAGAGCCGGUGAGAGAAACAAGGCCCCAGAUGGAACCGCCGCCGCCGAUCCUGACUUCAUCGAGAGCCCGGAAAGACUCAACGUCGCCAUGACCCGCACCAAAUCGCUAUGCCUCGUGUUGGUCGAUGUCGCCGCCGCCGGACGAUCGAAGUUGUGGUCCAACCUUUUCUGCAAGAUCCCGCCCGGAGCCUUCCACAAAGAUCCGAGCCACCUCAUGCGGCAUCUGCAGACGCUCCACUAG